AUGGAGCUGAAGGAUGUUGCAAAGGCACACAUAGAUGCCUACAAUGCAAUGUUUGAGGAUCACGUUCUGGAGAGCGUUGUUGCAAACAUGCCGCCGAUAGUUAUAGGCCGAGCAAAGAUAAUAGUUGACGAGAUACAGAUGCAGAAGCCGUUGCGGAGCGACAAGGAGCACAUCUCGAUUGACAGGCGCCUGCUUCCCAGAGAGUGCCGAGAAAGGAGCUUGACUUACAACGGGCGGCUGACAGUGAGGAUGUCUCUGUACUACGACAACAGGCAUGUUGUGACCGAAAACAAAGCUGCCGGCUACAUUCCAAUUAUGGUGAGGUCGCAGCUGUGCCAUCUAGACAGCAUUGAUGACAAGAGCAGUGUUGGAGAGGACAGGGAUGAGAUAGGCGGAUACUUUAUUGUGAAUGGAGUAGAUAGACUUGUGAGGUUCAACACACUACAGAAGAGGAACUAUGCAUUUGCAUAUGUAAGGACGCAAAAGGAGAGUUUUAUGACAAAGUACAUGAUAUCAAUAAGAUGUGUAGGAAGCGAUGAGAUUGGGCAGAUGAACAUGCUGCAUUACUGCACAAACGGAAAUGUAAUAAUGAAGAUUUUCUACAUGAAGAGGUGCUAUUUGAUUCCAGUUGUUCUGAUUCUGAAAGCACUUGUUAACACCAGCGAUGAGGAGAUAUUUGAUGUGCUUGGCGGAUGCCAACGGGCAAUGCAGUUAAUCAAAUGCUUUGCAGAGUACAAUGUUUUUUCAAGGACAGAAUGCAUGGACUAUAUUGGAUCGAAACUAAUGAUCAUGACUAAGUCAAAAACAAAGAUGGAGGCUGCCGAGGAGGUGCUGAACAGAUGUGUCGCCAUACAUCUUCCAUCUAAUAUUGACAAGUUUAACUUUCUUGUGCUUGCAAUCAAAAAGCUUUUUCUUGUUGUUGAUGGGAAGGUGGCAGAUGAUGAUCCCGACCAUUCAAGUAACCACGAGUUGCUUACAGAAACACAGAUAUUUUCGACGCUGCUGCGAGAUAGGAUUGAUGAAUCUCUAAGGCUUUUACGUUUGGCAUGUAUAAAGCCGUUGAAGGAUAAAGGCGGAUCUGAGGGCCUGCCGGUAGAUGAGGAUGAUGGCGAGGGCAGCCUUGACAUUGCAAGUAUAAGAAAUAUCUUCAAGAAGACACGGCUUAUAAUUGGAGAGAAGAUUGAGCUGUUUUUGUCUACUGGCAACAUUGCACAGGCUGUUUCAUCAGACAUCAUGAAUGGAUCUGGGCUUUCUAUAGUUGCAGACCGGAUCAACUUCUACAGGUUUAUUGCACACUUCAGGGGAAUAAGCAGGGGGGCAUAUUUUGAGAGGGUAAAGAUAACGAAGACCAGGAAGCUGCGGCCUGAAACCUGGGGCUUUAUUUGUCCAGUGCAUACGCCUGAUGGGUCGCCUUGUGGGAUUUUGACGCAUUUGGCAAAGCAUGCUGAGGUAGUUGGGCUUCUUGAGGAUUUUGAUGAGAAUAUACUUUUUGAGCUUGGAGUGGUUCCUCUGGUACGAGGAUGGCAUACGGGUGUUCCGGUAGUUGUUGAUGGAAAGGUGAUUGGGCUUACAAGAAUGCCACAGGUUCUUGCGAAUGCGCUUCGGGAAUAUAGAUGCAAGAAUGCACUCAGAGUUGAGAUAGUGUAUCAGCAUGGAAUGGGAGUCUUUGAGGCUAUUUAUGUGUUUGGAACGCGCAGCAGGCUCACAAGAAGAGUUUUGAACAGGAAGGAGGGGAAGCAUGAAUGGAUUGGAAUUAUGGAGCAGGUGUUUUUGGAUGUAGACCUUGCAGAGAAGAGCAAUUGCAGGCAUGGAUAUUGCGAGAUAGACAAUACGAACAUUCUAGGAAUAGUUGCAGGGCUUAUUCCGUACUCUGACUAUAACCAGAGUCCAAGGAACAUGUAUCAAUGCCAGAUGGCAAAGCAGGCGAUGGGGACGCCUGGACACAACAUAAGGACAAGGACGGAUGUGAAGCUGUAUUCCUUAAAUUACUUGCAAUCGCCCAUAGUGCAGACAGAAGGAUAUGAACUACUAAAGGACUAUCCGAUGGGGCUGAACUGCAUGGUUGCGGUGCUUUCGUACACGGCGUAUGACAUGGAGGAUGCGGUUGUGAUAAACAAGGGAAGCCUGGAUAGGGGGUUGUUUAGUGGAUAUGUGUACAAGAGCGAGAAGGUUGUUCUGAAGAAAGGAUGCCAUUUUACUUUUUUGCCGUUCAGCGGGCAGAAUAUGAGGAUAAAUGAUGUGCUGUACAGGUACAUUGAUGAUGAUGGCAAGGAGUAUACGGUGAAGUAUCAUGGAGGAGAAGAGGGGAUGAUUGAUACGAUAAGGGUGUUUCAUAAUGAUUUGAAUAAGUGUGCGACGUUUACCAUACGGGUGGUUAGGAAUCCGACAAUUGGAGAUAAGUUCUGCUCAAGGCAUGGGCAGAAGGGGGUGUGCUCGGUGCAUUGGCCGUCUGCGGAUAUGCCUUUUACUGAGUCUGGAUAUGUGCCUGAUAUUAUCAUCAAUCCGCAUGCGUUUCCGAGCAGGAUGACGAUAGGAAUGCUGGUAGAGUCGAUUGCAGGGAAGGUAGGGUGCCUUGAAGGAAAAGUGCAGGACGGAACGCCGUUUAAGAAGAAGAGUGUUUUAUAUGAGGAGGUGGAAACGAGCGAGGAGACUGUGUCUGAUGCAGAAGAAAGAAAGAAGAUUCUUUGUGAGGAGCUUGCAAAGCAUGGAUUCAAUUACUACGGAAAUGAGCCGAUGUACAGCGGGGUGUCUGGGAAUGAAUUCCGUGUGGAUGUGUUUGUGGGGGUGGUAUUUUACCAGAGGCUGAGGCACAUGGUUGGAGAUAAAUUCCAGGUACGGACGAGCGGAGCAGUGGUUUCUACAACCAAGCAGCCAGUUGGAGGACGAAAGCGGCAUGGUGGAGUUCGGUUUGGCGAGAUGGAGCGAGAUGCGCUGAUUGCACACGGAACCGCAUAUAUGCUACAUGACAGACUGAUGAAGUGCAGUGAUGCAACUAAAUUUGAUUACUGUGCAGAGUGUAAGAGCAUUCUAUUUACCAACAAUGGAGAGUGUAGAUGUGGUAACAAGAUACUGCGGGUUGUUGAAAUGCCGUAUGUGUUUAAGUAUCUAUGCAGUGAAUUACUUGCAAUGAACAUAAAGCUUAGUAUUGAUUUCUGA